AUAUGUGUUUUUCUUUCUCCACGGAUCCAACUCUUCCCUUUCUCUGCAUCAACAUAUCAAUCAAACCCUAAAGCACGAACUGGAAAGUGAAAAUUUUCAUCUUUCAAACAAAAUAAGAAAUAAAUUUUGAGAGGAAAGGUACGUUUUUUCCUUAAAUUGAAAGCGAUUGUCAACUCUCCAUCAGUCUUAGAGCAAUUGCAAUGCUAAUGUUGUGUUAUUUAGUUCUAUUUUUGAAUAUUUUUCGAUAGAUUCUUAUCCAUAAAAACCAUGAUUUCGAAUCCAAAUCUUGUUUUUUAUGCAUGCAUUGCAAAAGGGUCAAUAAUUCUUGGGGAGUUCUUGCCAAGAGAACGAGGCAUAAGUGAAGUUUUAGCUCAACAAUGUGUUGAGAGGACCCCACCACACCAUUCGAUGUUCUCUCAAACGUUGUCUAAUCGAACGUGUACUUUUUUAAUCAAUGACCCUUUUACUUAUUUUGGGAUAUUUGAUGAGAAUAUUCAAAAAUCAGAGUUGCUUGGCUUCUUGAAUGGUAUUAAAUCAUCUUUUGAGGAGAUAUUUGCUCGAGGGUCGGUGUUGGAUUUUGAUAAUAUGACUAGCCGUUGUUUGCAAUCUCAGUUUGAUGCGGUUUUUUGUGAGUCAAUGGGGUUGGAUUUAGAGUUUUUGAAUUCUUCGAGAAGUGGGUCGAAAGAUGAUCUAAAUUCGAGUUUGGAUUUCUCUAGAGGGAGGAUGGUGGGGGCUCCGUUGCCUGGGACGCCAAAAGGGUUGAAGAAGAAGAAGAGGGCGAGUGCUGAGAGAGGUGGUAGUGACGGGAAUGCCAAAGAUGUUAAUGGGGAGAAGAAGGUUGAUGUGUAUGAUGAUGUGUUAACACAGAAGAAUGUGUUGUUUGCAGUCGAUCGUCAAAAGGCUAAACAAAUAUGGAAAAAACAUGUUUGGGUUGUCUUGGCGCUGGACUUGGUUAUAUGUGUUUUUCUAUUUGGGAUUUGGUUGUUGGUCUGCCGGGGCUUUCAAUGUAUUGAUGGUUGAGUUUGUUUAUUUUGGGAUCUGUUUUCCUUGUAUAUGAGUGAUAGUGCUUUCAAGUUGAUGGAGAAUUCUACAUGUGUGACAAAGAGGAUGAGCGCUUUUGAGAAGAAUAACUUACCUAUAUAUAUGGGGUUUAUAAGAGGAAAUGGUGUCAAUGAGUUUUCAGGAUGUGUUUUCUGUUUCUACUGGUAAUUUUCUUAGUUUCUUUCAUCAAUUGUUAGUUUGUACUUUUUUCGGGACAAGUCAUAGAGCUUCUAUUUUACAAAUCUCGACUUGCACAUUUACUUGUAAUAUGUUCAACUGUGUAUACCUUUUUACUACAGAUAAAACUUGUGCAGGCAUUGGCUUCAA